GUGGUAGAGGCUAGAGACAGAGGCUCAUUCAUAUUAACUUGUGCCCCGGCUUUUCUUGCUCCUUCGCCGUUGAUGUGCUUUUGUCUAUCAUAAUAUUCUUUGCUUUCUCAACCAGUCGUUCACUAACUUUCCGACUUCCCGGCCUGGUGCCCUUUGAUAUCAUAUACUUUUAAUCAACCCAAUAGAUUAUCGUCAGUCAACCCUUCUACGACUCUCAUACCAACAUCUCGUAUCCAUCACCGAAUUAUUCAACCAACUCCUCGUCUGAACACCCUGAAACAAUUUACAAGAUGAAGGCCACUAGCCGAGCAACGAGGAGCAAAACAGCAACUGCUCUCCUUUCCUUUCUUCUUGUACCUCAACUCGCCAGCGCACUACAAGUUACACCAAAUUCUCCGUGCGCCUCAGUAUGCCUGGACUCGCCGGACCUCGAUCGAUCAGAUCCCAACUCCUUCAACACGAAAAACAAGGAUAUCAUUUGCAAGGAUGGGACAGUCGACAGCCCGGCGGGAAGUAAAUGGAAAGACUGCAUGACUUGUUUACAAACAAGUCCAUUCUCGCAGGACUCUGAGACUGAUCAGAUGUGGUUUCUUUACAACCUGAGAUACACCUUAUCAUAUUGUCUCUUUGGUUAUCCCAACGCUACAGAUGUCGAGACAACACCAUGCAGCACAUCCAUGGCCUGUGGUCCUCUACAACAGAGUGUAGAGCAUGGUAUUCCUGACCCCAAAGAUACCACGGCAUCUUCAUACUGCUCGGCAGACGACGGAUAUGCAUCGGAUCCUGCCAUCUAUGGGCAUUGUACCUCAUGCUUGGUAGCUGGAGGGGAUUCCAACUACCUGGCCAAUUACUUCACCGCCCUAGAAGCCGGCUGUCAAUACAAGCCCGAAGCAGGAAGCGUCAUCGGCCUAAACGACACCAUCUUCUCCACCUCUCCCGUCGGCAUCGUCGACCCCUCGAGUGUCCUCAAGUCCGAAGAGGGUCCUGCGAUCUCCACCACUAUCAUCGCCGUCAUCGUCUGUAUCGCCGUGCUCGUGAUCCUCAUCAUCUCCGCCGUCAUCUUCAUCUGCCACCGCAAGCGCAAGAACCGAGCAGCGCGCGCCAGCGCCCAGCUCGAUUACGCCGAGAAGCGCGUCCGGUCCCGACACCAGCGGCAGUCUUCGCUCUCCUUCCAGUGCCAGACGCAUGUGCUUUCGCCGCGCUUUUGGCCUGCUGCCUGUGAGGGGGGCGUGUCUCAACCUGGUGAGGGUGGAGGAGACGAGACGAUGAUGACGGAUCCCACCAACGGCAAUGUCGAUACCACAAGGCCCCUCUCUCACCAGUCCGAACACUCAUCCCCCGGCACACCGGCUAGAGGACUUGCAACCCGCCGCGUCACCAGCUGGAAGCAACACAAUUCUUUAAUCUCGACGGUAGCUGAGGACCAAGCAUGGGAGCACCACCAACAACAACCCCAACAACAACCCCAACAACAACCCCAACAACAACCCCAACAACAACCCCCCUCAGGCUCCGAUAGUAGAAGCGCCACCAACCCCCUCGGCCUGCACACCCUAACAACCACCAACAUCCCACGCUCGCCCACCCGCGCUUACUACGGCGCCGGCACUCCUGCCACUCCCGCGACUUCCAACACAUACUACAGCCCCUCUCCAAUGUCCGCCGACUCCGUCCGGAGCACCGCCGCCUUGUUGCCUUCCAUUCAGCCUUAUACCCCAUCUGAUCAUCAGCAUCAGAAUCAGCAAACUCCGCAACUCCACAGCGCCAGCACCUUCGGUCCCGGUCCCGGCCAGCAAAGUCCAUGGUCAGCAACGACAGCUAGUCCGUUGUUGAGGAAUUAUGGGUGGCCUUUGCCUGUGCCCCAGCCCCAGCCCCAGACCCAACCGGGAAACGAGCAGCAGCGACGGUUUAACGGGGCAAUUAUUAGCGUGACGACGCACGGCAUUCCGCCGCCGUCGCCGAGGAGUCCUAGGUUUGGUGGUGGAAAUGUGAGGAAGCCGGCGGCGGGAAGUCCGGUUGAGAGUGUGGCGAUUCGAACGACGUUUGAUGCGCCACCGAAGAGUCCUAGGAAGUGAGGAGGGGCUGAGUUGUAGAUGACUAGAUGUAUGUGUAUAGUUAGGAAUGAUAAAGGAUACCCGACCGAGAUGAUGAUAAUGAACUGGCUUCUUCAUAUGCUCGCUAGAAAGUUGCUCUGUGUUUAGAGAUGAAAGUAUACCUUGAAGAGUUGCCUGCUUGUACGAGUCAAGAAGAGUGAAAAAAAAAAAAAAAAAAAAAAGAAUGAGGACGGG